GAAUCAUCGACCAUGUGUCAUCAUUAUCUAACAAUCUAGGAGAGUUAUUGAGAAACUCCGAAUAUAGUGAUAUUACCUUGGUCGUUGAGGAGCGGAGAUUUCAGGCUCAUAAAGUUAUUCUAGCUGCUAGAUCAGAAUAUUUCAGGGCAAUGUUAUUUGGUGGACUGAGGGAGUCACAGCCGGGAACCAGUGAAGUUAAAUUACAGGACACAUCAGCUAAAGCUUUUGAAGCUGUUCUUAAAUAUAUGUAUACAGGAAAAAUGAAUUUAAUGGAAGUUAAGGAGGAACAUCUACUAGAUAUACUUGGUAUGGCUCAUAGGUAUGGUUUCACAGAGCUAGAAUCUGCAAUAUCCGACUACCUGAAGGCUAUAUUAAACAUCAGAAAUGUUUGUUUGAUAUAUGAUCUAGCCAACAUUUAUAAUCUACACAGUUUAUGUGAAACCUGUAAGGACUUCAUGGAUAGAAACGCAUCACCGAUUCUCCAGAGUGAAGCUUUCCUUACACUGUCCAAGCAUUCUGUGAAGGAGUUGAUCUCGAGGGAUUCGUUCUGUGCCCCAGAGAUUGAGAUAUUUACCUCUAUACAGAGAUGGGCUUUAGAGAAUGAAGGUGAAGAUCCAACAUCUAUAUUAGAGUCUGUGAGACUUGCUCUAAUGUCCAUGCAUGAGUUACUGAAUGCUGUUAGAGAUACGUCAUUUGUGUCACCAGAUGCCAUUCUUGAUGCCAUCAAGAUUCAGACAGAGUGUAGAAAUAUGGAGCUGAAAUAUAGAGGCUUUAAAUUACCGGAGGAGAAUGUAGCAACAACGAGGCAUGGAGCUCAGGUGAUACGAGGAGAGAUGAAAGCCGCACUACUGGAUGGUGACACAUCAACAUAUGACCUUGACCGUGGCUUUACACGACAUUUGAUUGAUGACAACAACGGUCAGGGUAUAGUGAUCAAACUAGCACAGCCUUAUAUACUCAAUACUAUCAAACUGUUAUUGUGGGACCGAGAUCACAGGUCAUAUUCGUAUUAUAUAGAAGUAUCAAUGGAUGACAAAGAUUAUGAGAAAGUUAUAGAUUAUACAAGAUACUGGUGUAGAUCUGAACAAACAUUACACUUUCCAGCUAAAGUUGUCAGGUAUAUAAGAGUUGUUGGUACACAUAAUACACAAAACAGGGUGUUCCAUUUGGUAUCUUUUGAAUGUUUACAUACAACAAAACCUUUCCGUCUCGAGAGAGGCCUAAUAGUGCCUGAUGAGAAUGUAGCAACCAUAUCAAGGAAUGCGUGUGUCAUAGAGGGUGUUAGUCGCAGUAGAAAUGCUCUCUUGAACGGUGAUACACAUCAGUAUGACUGGGACUCUGGUUAUACCUGUCACCAGCUGGGUAGUGGAAAUAUCAUUAUACAGUUACCACAACCUUUUAUGCUAGAUUCUAUGAGGAUGUUACUAUGGGACUGUGAUGAUCGUUCAUAUUGUUAUUAUAUAGAGGCGUCUGUAGACAACACAAACUGGACUAUGAUAUGUGAUAAAAGAAAUACACCAUCCAAAUCGUGGCAGGAAAUUACAUUUCCAAAACAACCAAUAGCUUUUAUAAAGAUAGUUGGUACUCAUAACACAGCCAACGAGGUAUUUCAUUGUGUACAUUUCGAGACACCAUCAAAGUCUGCUAAAAUAUCAGUAACAAGAUCAUCACCACCAGGUAGUCCAUGUACGGUAUCCGAGGUGAACCAGACAGAACCAAGUCUCUCACCUAGACCUUCAGUAUGUAGAAAUCCUGGUAGUCCUCAACUAGCUGGCUUCCUGCCACAACCUGGCAACCAUUUAGUUGGUGCAAGUAUGGCGGUGAAUGUGAGUGGUGAUUUAGGUCAGGAUAGUUUAGAUAUACCUGAGUCAGAGAGACAAGAGUCUGACAGUAGUUCUAGCGGUGGUUCUGAAACUGAGAGAAGAUAGUAGUUGUAGUGGUGGUUCUGAAACUGAGAGAAGAUAGUAGUUGUAGUGGUGGUUUUGAAACUGAGAGAUGAUGUUUUGUUGAAUAAUGUAUUCAUAUAACUUCUGCUUUCUGGUUUGCUAACAUAUAACAGUAUUUUAUAGUUGUUGUUGGUAUAUAACCAGGAUGGUAUAACUGUAAUGGUAUAAUGUAAUGAAAAAAAUGUUCAUUAUUACAUGGAAAAUUCAAUUUGUAUGUAACAAUAUCCUCUAUUUAAACGUAUAUAGAACUGACUUGGUGCUUUUUGAAGUACAAAGUCAGUAAUGCAAUACGACAAUGUAUUGUAGAAUAUCUAACUGUAGAAAACAAUGUAACAUGUAAAUGUACAGACAAAACUUAUCUGCUUAAAUUUCUGCAGAUUUUACAUCUGUUGUUUUGCAAAAAUAAACUUCCUGCAGAAAUAAAGUUUUUUUCAUAAAUUGUGAAUUCAAAUCAAAAUUCAAAAACUUAAAAAAAAAUGUUUUCUAGACUACAUACACAAUAUAACAUGACAAUGAAUUUUGAUAUCAAUUUGUCCCAGUUUUUGACCCAGUGACUUAGAUUAUUGUAUUUAGUAGUACUAAUAUGAAAUUUUGACUAUGUCACUGUUUUAUAUGCUGAAUUGAUCUUUGAUAACAGCUGACCUGUAUUUUAUCUUGUGAACUACUUUCUUGUUUUUGGAGCUAGAACCUUUAAAUUUGUACUUGAUACACAAUUUGAUAUGCCAAUAAUGUUUAUAACAUGCGACCUAAACUAUGACCCAGUGAUCUCUUUAUUGUUAGAUUGACUUAUGAAAUUUGGACUAUUUGCACAAUAUUAGAAGCAGACUUGAACUUUAUAUCAGUUGUACUUGAUUUAUACCUUAUGCUUGCUGUUCAUUUCUAGUAAUCAAUAUUAUUUGUCCCUUGUCAUUUAGAGCCUUUACAGUGAGGCCAUUAAUGCCUUCUUGUUGGAAGUAUAUGCUAGCAUAUAUAUAGUUAUAUGUAUAUAAGAACAUGUCGUAAGUUACGACUCGUAACAGUGGAUUAAAUAUGUGUGUUGUAUAUAUUAUGUAUAUAUUUGAUUGUUGUAGUUAUGAUUAUGCAUCAGAAAACCUGUAACAAUGGUCAGUAAAUGUACAUAGUUUCUGUGUUGGAAGUUUAUACUUACAUUUAUCACAGGAUGUCUCUUGUUUUGCAUGUAAUAUAACCAUUAUAUAUUUCUUUAUUUUACACAUGUGUAUAUCAUUUUGAGGUCAUUUUUGUCUAUACAUUUCAUAACAAAACAGGAUAUGAAAGCUCUUAUAAAACAUCAAAACAUCAAACUAGUUCAUUUUCAAUAAUUUCAAAAUGUGUUUAGUAAUAUGAUAAAAAAAUCUCGGAUUCUUUGUUGUAUAAUUUAAGUUUUAUUAAACUGUCCAAAAGACUUGCUCUAUUAUAAUUUCUUGAUGUUGUUUAAAAAAAUCUUAUAUUAUAUGGCAACUCAUACUGAUAUAUUUUUUUCCACUUCUGCUCUGAUAUGAUAAUGACAUUUUACAGCAAGUUGUAACAAAAACACAUUUUGUCAGAUAAUAGUUUCAGUGCUUAAAAAUCUCUUUACAUUGAUGUUGUUCAUUAAUGUAUAACAUAUAUAUAAAUUUUUCUACAAUUUAUUGUUAUAUAAGAAACAUGCAUGUAUGUAAAACUGUGUGCAUUUUAUUGCUAAAUUUGUAACGCACAUUAUAAUGUUUACAACCUAUUAUUAUUUGUUCCACAUGUAAUUUUUUAAUCACAUGACUUCCUUCCUUUCUAUGUAAUGAAACUCCUUUAUAUUACACACAUGUAAUAAUAUUUUCCUGAAUUUGUUUCAAAACAAUUUACAUAAAUUGAUGACAUAUGUUGGCGAUAUUGUGAUGCCCCAAGAGUAAGUUGUUAUUUUCAGUACAUGAUACUUCAGUUGCCUUUGUUUCAUUGCUUACCCUGAUUCUUGUUCAUACCUAGGUUUAGAGCAUAGAGACAUGAUCCUGCAUUUGUUAAGGUCUCAUCUGAAAGACCAUAGUAUUAUAAGCUGAGGAGCAGUGGAUCGAACCUGUGACCAGGAUUACUAGUCUAGUAUGUUACCACUUGACUGUAGAUCCCCUCCACAAAAAACAAGGUGUGACAGGACAGUAACAGUAAAGAAUGUCAGAGUGUAGUUUUAGGUUAAAAUCUGGGAGUGUCUAUUGCACAAUUUUAGAGGAUGUUAUGUUUAAUUGAAUAUCUUCUAGUGUUACAGAAUAAUAUCUCUUAGAACCUAUUAUAUAUAUAUAAUAGUGUUUACUAAGUUUCUAUAUGUAGUCUACAAUAAAUGCAGGUUCAUAAGAUUGUAAAUUAGGAGAACUUUUGUAGGUGAUAUCAUUUACAUAUUUUCUUCACAUUCUUAGAAAUAUAUUGCCUAUUUUUGUACAUAAGUAAUUGUUUUUGUGUAUAUAUAAAGGCAAAAACAUCAUUUUGUUAUGACGAAAUGUGCUUCAUGUUUUUAUCAGAAAUUAAAACUUGCUUCUAAAAUUUCAUUAUUUCUUUUACCUGAAGAUUGUUUUUGUUUAAAUUAAUUUUUCCUGUAUACAUUACGUUUUAUCAUAAUGUUGAAAUAUAUUUUUUGUUGACAAUUACAGAAAGUAUUAUAUUAUAAGUUAAGUUUAGUAAACUACCCUUAAAUGUAAAGUACAGCUGUCCAGAAACGUAUAUUAUAACAAACAUACUUAUUAUACACUAAAUCAUUUCACCAAGUACCUGCCUGACCCUAAGUACUUACCAAUGUGGUAUUGGGAGGGGAAGGGUGUUGUCCUCCAUUUAAGUUUGAAGUAUUACUUCUAAUAUACAGAAACUAAAUGAAAAAAAAAACAGAUUUAGUUUUUUUUUCUUUUAUAAAAGUGGACAAGAAUGAAAAUAAUGUAUAGUGUACACCUGUAAUAAUACUGAUUUUUUUUUAUCAUUGUAGUUGAGAAAUAAACUUUUAGUGAACUUGCUCCAAGUUUUCAUCACAAGUCCGCAGAAAUAGAAAUAUGUAAACUUUGUAAACAAACAGUAGCAGCUGUUAUUGAUAAUCUAAUAUAAUACAGACAUAUUGAUCUUAUGUAUACAUGAAAUUGUUCAACAACAAGUUCAAUAAAUUUAGAAAUGAAGCUAUGUGAAUAUAUCAUAUUCUGUGUAUUAACCCUUUCGCUGCCAGAGGGUUAUUGUUUUAUUUUUCACCUAUUUGCCAGAGGGUUUUCUAAGAAAUUACUAUAUUUUUAAUUAAUAUAAUUAUUAUUAUUUGUUAUUAGUAUUAUAAUUAUUAUAUAUGUUUCCAAAUCUGUUAGUAUAAUAAUAAUUAUUGUCGAUGGUAUAAUUUUCUUUAUAUUUAUUAUUAUUUUUAUUAUUAUCAUUAUUAAUUUAUUAUUAUUACUAUAAUUAUUAAAGAAACGGCUAAAGCCGUCCAUAUGGCAAAUACGCCGAAAAUAACGGGACGGCUUAAGCCGUCCCUAUGGCAGUGAAAGGGAUAAAUAUCAUAAAUAAGAACUGUUUAUUAUGAUAAAAAAAUAAAUUUGUACUGAGGUGCUUAUAGUGUAAUGUUUAUUCCAGUAUUUAGAAUAUCUUAAUUCCAUGUUUGUAUAAUGCAAAUAAUGUCAUGUCAAAAUAUAUGCACAGCUGUGCAGUACAGCUUAUCUGUCACAUAUGGUCUUAACUUUUCUUCAUAACUUUAGAUAUAGAAGUUGCACUACUGCAGAAUUUAUAAAAUUGUACAGUGAUAUUCUUCCAACUUUACAAUAAUGAACAAACAUUUCACAUAAAACAUUAGCAUAUGAUUAUUUUUACAUAGAAGCAGUGCCAGAAUAAAAGAGACCUUGUUAAAUAUAUUCAGUUGUAUAACACAAGGAUAAAAAAUGAUGCUUUAUGAGUUUUAGAAUAACUCAUAUAUAUAUAAUAAGAGUCUACUAAAUUAUAGGAAAUAAUAGCUAAAAGCUUUCGUACAUAUAUGUUUAAAUGUCUCAUAUAUUGUUACUAUGUUUUUAUGUACAGUUUUUGUUCUUACCUUCUGUGAUAUAUUAGUUGUAUUUAUAACGUGGUUAUGCCAUUCUGUAAUGCUUUACUUAUUCAUUAUAUAUAAUUUAACAUACAAAUACAUGAAUAAAACAAGCUUUAUUGGUAUAUCUAAUAUAAAGUUGAUUGUGAACAUGUAUAUAAACAAGUAGUUGAUUUAAUUGCUUGAAUAGAUGUCAUUAUUUUUAACAGUUCAUAUUAUAUCAAUAUGAUGGUUAUCAUCAGUAUUAUGAUAGGGCAAGAUCACAUGUAUCCUGAAAAACAACAACAGUUUAUUGAUAUUUUAAUUAAUGCUCUAACUGUUUGAGAACAAUGUUUCUUUUCUGCUUUUCUGUACAUCAGUCUGUACACAUGUUUGAUAGUUUGUGUUGAUCAACUUUGUAUUUAAUGUUUUUUUUCUUUGUUCUGUUGAAUUUAUGAAAAAAAAAUCAAAAUAAAAGAGUUUUAGUACA